AUGGCCAACGUCAUAAGAUCUGCUAAUAAUCGACGCUGGGUAUAUGAAGAUGAUCGCGUUAUCUGCCAAAGGACAGAGAUCUCCUUUCCCAUGGCUGGGCAGCGCGUCGAUGCGAAAACUGACGUGUGCCUGAUGAACGAUCUCGAACUUCUCCUUCUUGUCCAAGAGGACAAGCGGCUAUCGUCGGAUGAAGAUCCAGAACCACAGGUUAUUGCUAAAGCAAUUGCUGCCUUUUAUCAAAACAACCUUCGACGCAAGCAAUCAGGUUUACAACCCCUGCCAUCCAAGUAUAUCCCCGCCAUCACCAUGAUCGGCACUGCACCCAUUUUCUAUCGCAUCCCCGUCACAACAAUGCUUCUUGAAGCACUUGCUACCGCAACCUACCCGCGGGGAGAAACAACCGUCCUGAGGUUCAUCCCACCUGUCCCAACCCAGGAACGGUACCGUAACGAUGGGAUGCAUCCGUUAGUCAAUCGGCGUACCAUCUUACAAUGCUUCGAGGCUUUCAAGGCAGUCAUAAAUUAA